CAACAAAGAAGGUGGUGAUUGGCCAGAUUCUCGCUCAUGGGUUGGUGGCAAAUCUGACAAAUUCUAUUACUUUUGUGCUAUGCUCUAUCUGCACACCUUCAGGAAAAGAAGCUUGUUAUUAUGCACUAAAGGGAAUCAUCUGUGUCCUUAGAGUAAGAGCUGGAUUUGAAGGCAAGAGAACUUCUCAAGGAUCUUCCCCAAAGCUCUCUCCAAGUCAGACUCAACUGUACAUCAUGACAGACGUUCCAGUGACAUUCAGUCAGGUUGAGUGUAAUGGGGAUACACCCCCUGAAAACGGUCAACAAAAAAUCACUAAAAUCACGGAAAAAGCCAGUGACAUGGAUGGCACCCCACCAUACUGCAGGGUAGAAUCUAGUCUUGAAGAUGAACCCACGAAAGGAAGUCAGGAGAAAAGUGAAAAAUUACAAGAGAACAUACUGCUCCACUCGUCCAUGGAUGAGAAGAUUCUAAAAGAAAAACCAGAAGAGAAUCUCUAUAUUGCUCAUAAGGCUAUCACAGAUCUUUCUCUCCAAGAAACGAGUGUUGACGAAAUGACAUUCAGAGAAGGACGUCAGUGGGAGAAGAUUCCUUUGAGCAGCAGUUACCAAGAACCAAGUAGACGAAAGGAAAGGAUUGCUGAACAACCUUUAGGAGAGAGAGAAGAUGAGGAUCUGAAGAACAAAACUCAACAUCAGGCAAUGGAAAUUGAAUGGCUAGGAUUUCGGAAACCAAGCCAAGCUGAUGUGUUACGUUCUAAGCAUGAUGAGGAGCAAGAGGUUUGGGAUGAAGAAAUUAAUAAUGAUGAUGAUGAUGAUUGCAAAGAUGAUGAAGAUGAAGUUCGAGUGAUAGAACUUAAGAAAAAAAAUGAAGAGGGUUCUCAGUUAAAAGAGGAAGGCGAUGCAAGUGAGGACUCCCCACUGAGCAGCCCCAGUUCCCAACCUGUCACACCGGAUGAGCAGCCAACCUUCGGGAAGAAGGGUGAUAUUUCCAGAAAUGCUUAUUCAAGAUACAAUACGAUAUCCUAUCGGAAAAUCAGAAAGGGGAACACCAAGCAAAGAAUUGAUGAAUUCGAGUCUAUGAUGCAUUUAUAAACUAACUGGAACUGAGAAGUUCUCAUGCCCACUAAAGCAAAAGCUAAUUCUCUUCUCCUGAGAUGCAUCUUUGUAUGCCUUGAGUCAUCCCCUAUAAAGAAGUGGAAGCUUAAUCUCUGUUUCACUGCAGAAUAAUGUGGAAAUAACCCUAGGCAAAACUCAGUCUGGUAACCUCAAAUCAAAAAGCUUUAGAUUCAUUCUUGGAUAUUUGCUUUUUAAAUCCUCACUAAUAUAGCCUGUGUGCUAAGCACUAAACAGUUUGACUUUAAAAGUAGCAAUGCGGGGAAAUGUAGUCAUCAAAUGAAAGAGGACUAUUUGAAAUGAAAUGUAUUUCUUUUGGUGUCUUUCUUCCUGAGGGUGAUAGAAAGUCUGGUAUCAAAUCUCUCUUUCUUUAAAACGUGGUUUUAUAGACUCUGGCAAUAAACUUUCCAAAAUACUUUGCCUUUCCUAUUAUCUUCAGAUUUUAAGUUGUUUUUCUUGGCAUGUACAGAGUGAAAUUCUGUAUAGGCUGCCUUCCUAGGUGUUACCAUUCACUGAAUUUUCUCACUAGAGGGGCUGAGCAAUUGUCAGUCAGGAAAAUUCUGUUUACUAAAUGUUGGCUUUAUGUUCUCAAGAUGAAUUAAAUCCAUUGUGAGAUUGCCACGGGGAGGGGCUGGAAGAUUGGUGGGCAAUUGACUAGAGUUAUAUCAGAUAGAUUAUUUCUGAGACUGAAAAUAAAAUCUUGUCUAGCACAGUUAAUGUCAUUAAACAUGAAAAUGACAGCUUUAGCACAAUUUUAAGAAAAUACCCCUCUCUAUUACUACACUUUCUCCUAUUAAGAGUAUCUCAGAAUAAUUUUCUUUCCUUAGAAACCUGAGACAACUCUAGUCAUAACUGUACUAGUUACUAUGAAAAUGGAAAUAAUUAUCUUAGAAUAUUUUCAAAGUAGAGUGUGAGCAUGUAUUUUUAGUGAGAAAGCUCUGAUGGUUGUUGGGAAUAUAUAAUUUACUGGACCUCAGCCCAAAUCAGGAUGCUUAAAAUUGUGCUUGUGAAGCUUCACUCAAACCAAUGUGUCAAAUAAUGUAUUGAAUAUUUAUGAAAAGGGAGAGUCUAUAUUUAUAUUCUUAGAUAGUUCCAUAAUUUUUCAUUUCAUGCUUCUAUAUAUAUUAUCCUGAGCUUUCUGUCACCACAGAUAAAGACACUUCUUUUGGCCCUAGAAAUAAAAAGACAAUUCCUUAUUGUCUGAAUGUAAUACAGUCUUCAUUGUACUAUUCAACCCUUUGUUUAUUUAUUUUUCAUUUUGUGAAAAACCCUGGGUUAGCCCUUCUCAGAUUUUGGCUUAUUUCUGUGUAACAAAUCCCACACAUUCUAAAGGCACUUUCUUUAAUUCUUUAUUAUCAUGUAAUAUGUUUCCAUGGUAUCAUAUACUAUUAGUGUUUAUGAGACUCAAUUUUGAAUUUUUUCCUUUUAUUCUUUCAAACAGAUACUUCACAACCUGACCAUAUAAAAGUCUGUCACGCUUAAUCUAUAGAAUCAAUACAUUUCAUUCUCGACAAUGCAAGUUUUCAGAAUAAAGACAGGGAAAUCAGUUUUUUAUUGACAAAUUUCGGUAGAAGAUUGAUGCACUAGGACAAUUACCUGUUUACUUAGAGCCUCUAAAUCUUUUCACUUGGACAAGCUAUUUUCUUUUUGGAUUACUGGUGAACCCUACUAUUUUCUACUUAAUUUCAAAGCACAGUAUUGUGUUAUCCAUCAUGGAACAGGACCAUAUUCUUAACCUACCAUCAACAGAGCCUGUAUUUUGAAUUAUUCCAGCAGAGGCAGCCAAUUCCUGUGGAACUUGAGUGAGGUGGGAGGUCUGUGGUCAUUUGAUGUGGUCAAGCAACUAGCUCUAAUUGGACUCAAAAUAUAGUAACCCUGGCCCUUUUAGUUUUGUGCUCUUACCAGAUGAUUAACCAACUAUGAAGGAUUUUAUCAACAAGACUAUUUCAGGGUAUGUUCAAUGAGUAAAUGCUAAAUGCUCAUGAAUGAGGCAAUGUAGUUGCAGAAGAGCACUGAAACUAUUAUUUGGCAUUCGUGCCCAUUGCCCUAUUCCACCAUCUUACAUUAAGGCCACAGAGCUUAGUGACUGUAAGUACAUAAUGGUGAUGGGUGGCUGUUUGAUUCUUGUAGCCUAAGAAAGACAAGGGUCUGGUUCAAAUCUCAUGGGGGGAUACUUAACAUAUUUGAAAAGCAUAUGGGACACAUUAAGAACACAGAUUGUUAGCUACACAUGAAGGUUUACUGCUUUUGUACUUCAAGGUUCAGGAAUGGAAGAAGGACUCUGGUACCUGGUAGGAGGGAGAAUUGACUUAUUGUGAGAAUGCUGGUAUUUCUUACAUGACUUUUUAUUUUCCUUAGAUGCUGGGUGAACAGGAAGUAAUAACAGCUCUAUUUCUCUGUCAAUAUAAAACUUAACCCUUCAUAUAAUGCUACCUUUGAAGACACAGAAUAUAUCAGACUCUAUCUAUCUACCUAUUAACAGUUUAAAUAAAGAACUGUGUUUGACUUGCUCUCAAUAAAAGUUUGUGUCCUUGUU